AUGUCGGAUCUGGUCGAGGCUGAUAAUACUACGAGUUCAGAUCUUAAAAGAAUGAGUACUGGGGGGUCAAGCGAUGAAUUCAAUUUGACAGGCAGCUUGACCCCUAGCAACUCCUCCCCACCUACACCCUAUCCCCUCUCCAGAAAUGUCUCUUUCACGAACGGUAGUCCCUUGCCAGAAGACUGGGAAGCUUAUCCGCCGUUGGACAAACUCACAGUGUUCGACUUCCUCGGCAACUUGGCAGUUCCACAACGACUUGAGCAAUGGCAGAACACCAUUGCCGUCCAAAAGGAAAAGGUCAAACGCCAUCAAGAGCGCAUCAGAUCUACAGGCAUGAGCGCCAAAGACCGAGCAGUGAGAGAGUGGCGGAAACGUAUACCUACAGCAGACGAGCAGCUCGAAAAAUACCGUGCCCGCAUGAAAACGUCCGUGGAUCGUCUUGGUCGGAAAUGGAGGGAUACCGCUGCUGUUACACUCCGGGAGAAGAUGUCCUUCAUUGCCGGAGUGCUCAACGUCUUCAUCUCUGGGUACCUAAUCGGUGCCUAUCCGGCCGCUUUCUAUUACUGGUUUACGGCACAGCUUUGCUACUUCAUGCCACUGCGCUUCUACACCUAUCAUAAGAAGGGCUACCACUAUUUCCUUGCAGACCUAUGCUACUUCGUCAACCUACUCACCGUCCUCAGCAUCUGGGUCUUCCCCAAAUCCAAGCGAAUGUUCAUAAGCACCUAUUGCCUAGCCUAUGGCAACAAUGCGAUCGCCAUUGCUAUGUGGCGCAACAGCAUGGUAUUCCAUUCCCUCGACAAAGUCACCAGUCUCUUCAUCCACAUCAUGCCACCCGUGACCCUUCAUUGCCUCGUCCAUCUAACCCCCCAAGACAUACUGGCAACCCGCUUCCCCGCACUGCACGACAUCAAGUUCUCGCACCCCGAUUCUCCCAACCACUACACUCUGUGGUCGAUGCUCCUCUGGGCAACAGUUCCCUACGUCAUCUGGCAACUUAGCUACCACAUCUUCAUCACCGUUCGACGCCGCGAGAAAAUCGCCGCUGGCCGGCCCACUUCAUUCACCUGGAUGCGUCGAUCAUACGCCAAGACCUGGAUUGGUCGUUUCGUCCUCUCCCUUCCCGAAUGGCUGCAAGAACCAGCAUUCAUGCUGAUCCAGUAUUCGUACGCGAUCCUGACCAUCAUCCCCUGUCCAAUAUGGUUCUGGUAUCGAUACGCGAGCGCGACAUUCUUGCUAGUGGUGUUUGGGUGGAGCAUCUACAACGGGGCGACAUAUUACAUCGAUGUGUUUGGGAAGAGGUUCCAGAAUGAACUGGAGGCGCUGAAGGCGGAGGUAGCGAAAUGGCAGAAUAGUCCUCCGGAGGGUUUGGUCGGGAGUCCGCCUCUGGGUGGAGAGCUAGCCGAGAACCCCGGCAAGGAUGGCAUUUUGGAUGGCAUGAAGAAGGUGGAGUCUGUUGAUCAGAUCCCGUUGCUUGAUACCAGGCAGCCUACAGGCGUGGGAAGUACAAGUGUUGAAGGUAUGGAAAAGGAGGGUAUCACGGAGCGGAAACAGUCAUGA